AUGUCACAACAAUCUUUGGUUUUAUUGUAAGUUUGUCGAAAGUUUACUUGUUUAUAAUAAAUCUUUAAAGUUCACAAGGUUUUUAGUUUUUUAUUAUUUAUACAUGUUAAAAUUAAUUAUUUUUAAAUCAGGUAAUAACGUUUUAAGACUGUGUUUGUUAUGAUAAUAGGGUGCACUUGUGUUUAUAGUGAGUUUGACUUAAACAAUGUGGAAAAAUUGUUUCUUGGCAAGCCAUGGUGGUGUCCAGUGUCGGAAAAACGACUGAUUGACAAGUUGGCACAGUUUCAACCUUUUGGUAUGUUAUUUUGUUAGUUUUUUUUGUUUUAGAAAUUUGAUUCAUCGAAAUGUAACGUAUUUAAUAUAUCAGUACGUAUUAAUUUUUUGCUGUGUUAUUUUUCUGAAGCUGUCGAAACUUACAUUACUAUAUGGUUCAUUUCUUAAUACCAUCAAAUUUUAGGGGUAAAGAAACAUUUGGAGUUGUUGAAUCUUGUUCAUGCCAUGCAUUAUGUAGCCGAAGAUGAGGAGAACGUAUCGAUUGAAGAACUGGUGAGCAAAGAAGACUACCAGUUAUACGCGAAGCGGCAAAAAGAAAUUAAAGACGAUGUUAUUGUAUUUAAUCCUAAAUAUAACUUUAGACCAAAUGGUCAAGAGGUUUGUUUUUAAAAGACAUUAGAUUUGAUUUUUAGGGUAUAUUUUACCUUGUUUAAUCGCUGGAAUUAUUAUUUAUAGUUUGUAAAAUUAAAAGAAGGACAUUUUGUUUUAGUUUACAUAUAUGUGAUAUUCGCACUGAAACACUAUUUCUGGCGCUAGGACAAAUGCGGUUUUUGGACAUUUGCGGAUCUGCGGUUUUUAGACACUUGCGGAUCUUCGGUUUUUGGACACUUGCGGACUUUGGACAUUUGCGGAUUUUUUAAAGGGGUUUUUUUUAUUUUUUAGUUAAUUUAGUUGUAUUAUGGUAUUAAAUGGUACUAAAGUGUAAAUUGGUACCGUUUUAAUGUUUUAGGGCUAAAUAGUACUAAAUUUUAAAUUGGUACUGUUUUAUAUUUUUUGGUACUGAGUGGUACUAAAAGCCCAAAAAGGUACCGUUAUGUUAAAACCGCACCAAUUUAAACUUUAGUACAAUUUAGUACCAUACUACAACUUAAUUAACUAGAAAAUAAAAAAAACCUUUAAAAAAUCCGCAAAUGUCCAAAAACCGCAUUUGUCCUAGCGCCCUAUUUCUCUAUUUUAGAUUUUGGAGAAAGUAAAUGAAUUUUUUGAUUUGGAUGCUAUGGACAAGGAAGACAGAAUAACUAGACAAUUUAAAGAAGAAUCUUACGAGCUUCCGCCUCACAUUGAGCAGCUUUACGAACAAUAUAAUGAAACAGAAAAAUGA